AUGAGCGGAUUGCCUGGAAGUGGCACGCAAUUACACAACUACUUUGAUCUCAUUGUUAACAGCGACCCGCGAGUUGCUUUUGAUAUUCUCCACCCCGCCGUGAUGAAUGCCAUUGAAAAAAUGGAAAGGUCUCAACGUCGCAGUCAUCACGCGGAUGCAAAUGAUGAUGAUGAGGAAGAAGGAGAAGGUGAAGGUGAAGGCGAGGAUGGUGAUGAAUAUGGUGAGGGCGGAGGUGAUUGUCUGAUGGGUGCUGCUGCGGUUAGUGCCAAAACAAAUGAGGAGGCGACGGCAAUAGUGGUGAAUAAUGACGUGAGGGCAUGUUUUGUUAUUCCGACACAUCAAUCAGUGCUUGACACGAGACAUGUACAUCAACCUGACUUGGCGGGCAUGGAAGCAUUUAACAGUCAAAAAAAUCAUCACCUCGCCCAUCAAGUGUUAGGACCAGCGUUAAUGCAUGAAGUGCAGAAGUUUGGGCUGCAAAAGCGAAGGCGGAAUGAGGUGGAAGGUGUGGAGGAGGAGGACCAGUCGACGGAGUAA